AUGGCUCAAUCGAGUAAUAAAAAGCGUGCUCUCAGGCGACAGGGGUGCCGCGAAGUGUUGUCCAAGCAUAUCUGUACCACCCCUGGAGCCCCCAGAUCCUGCCGUACACUGAUAGACCUAGAUAACCGGCUCGGCUUGCGGAUUAACCCGAACGAAGUCCACUUGCAGCCAGCUCCACAGGACGGGUAUGCCUGGUCUGUUACCGACUCCAAGGCGCAUCUUUUGAAGACGCCCCUGAGCAAUGGAACCGUUGGUCUCUAUGAGGAGAUAUGCCGUGAGUUUGGGAAUUCGCUCGAAGCCGUUCGUCCGGCAGUCCUCCAAAGGGACCAUAUUGGUCUGGAGAUAGAUGAUAGUAAUUCAGGGCCGAUGGACAUGAUUGGGCAGACCGAAAAUGAACCGGCCCCGACGCCUGAAGAUGAUUCCUUUACCGCGACUAUUCAACGUUUGGAGCAGGAGAAUCAGCAACUCGAUAACGAGAAUGAGCGUCUUCGUGAUCGUAUGCAAGCAUGCCUACACCGGUCGCGAGCCUUUGAAAUGAAAAGCUGGCAUUUGCAGAGGGAGAUCAAGCGCCAAAAAGAGUAUACGGGCGAGCUUGAAGAAGAGAGAGCCAGAACGAGAGAUAGCAUCCGUGAAGCUGCCAAGGUACUAGAAAGGGCGGGCAAGGGGUGA